GUCUUACAUCCGUUUCCGCUUUUUGGUGAACAUCUAAAAAAUGAAAUCUCGUUUGUUACUUUGACUACUUUCUCUCUUUUAAAAGUUAGUACUUACUGUGAAAAGAAUCUAUAUGUUAAAAUAAAAAACUUUCCGUAUUUCGCAUAAACUGACAACUUGAUUUAGUUGCAAGUUUUUAGCUCCUAAUUUUAAUACUAUUCUUUAAUUCUGUGUUUACAUAUUAAAGAAUAAUCCCUUAAAAUUCAACUAAGAAAAAUGACAAGCGGAUUAAAUAUGUUAUUUUAAAACCGGUAAGUAAAACGAGAAGACUGGGUACUUUGAUUUCAGGACAAACCAUAUAUUUUUUAAAUGGCCUAAAUUGUUCUGUGAAAUCCACUAGUAUGAGCGAAGAGGAUAAGUUAAUCUUAUUGUAUAUUUUCAUAUAAAACCGAAAAUAUAAUAUGAAAGUGAAAUUAGCAUUUGAAACUUUUAACAUAAUCGUUUGAAAAAUUUCUCUAUGGAAAAAAAUGAUCAGCAAUGAAUUUAUAAAGAUUUUUAAAUUGUAUCAUUUUUGUCAUUUUAUUUUUUAAGAUAUUUCCCCUCUAAAGAGUCAUCUGACAAUCAAAAAACGUUAUAAAACUCCUGAAUAAUUGUACAAUUUAUUAAAAAUCAUUAAUAAUAGUUAUUUUUUAAAAUAGAUGACGCCCUCUCUAAAACCUAAAAAAGUCGAUUUUGAAGAAAAAUGGCAAGCUAUUCUUCAAACUGUCGAAAACGUUAUCAACUGCCGGAUGGUCGAAAGAGAUACGUGGAGUACUAUUGAAAAUUCUGAACAAGAACUUUUAUCGGUUUAUAGUGAUUAUUGGCUAAACUAUAGUCGAGCUGUCACUUAUAUAAAUGGUCUAUUUUCAUACUUGAACCAACAGUACGUUAAAAAAUACUGCCCAGUUCCAGCCUCCGAUUACUUAGAUGUUAAAAAAUGCGAAAUUCAAGACUUAGGCAUGAUGGUUUGGUACCAUGAAAUUUUAUCAAAAAUACACGAUCGUCUAUUCAACGUGAUAAUUGACGCUUAUCAAACCGUUAGAAAUGGGGGAAAUGUUAACGAUCAUGCUUUAAAAAACUGCGUACAAUCUAUUCAAGAUCUGAGUAAUUAUAUAAAUAAGAACUCGGAUACGGACGAUCGAACUUAUGCAAAUAAACUACAAGAUCGCUUGGAGGAUGAAACAGAUAGGUAUUUUAAAGUGGAAGCGUCACGACUUUUAUCAACUCUUAACUGUGCUGAAUACGCCAAGGUCGUGAAUAGUAGAGUGGCCGAAGAAAAGUUUAGAGCUACAAAAUUCUUAGACGCCCCUAUAGCUCAUGCAGUUAUUAGUCGUGUUGAAAAUUGUUUAGUUACAUCACAAAUAGACUGCCUUAAAGGUGAUUUCAAAGAAAUGGCUCACAGUGAAAAUGAUGAUCAUCUUAAGAUUCUCUACACAUUUUUGAUACCAAGCAGACAGGGAUUAACUCAAUUAUCUAAAGACAUUCAGGAUUAUAUCACGAUAAAAGCAUUAACUGUAAGAGACGAUGUCCCGGCGGAAUCGUGUGUUUCCUUUGUUCAUGACUUACUUAAGGUCUACAGACAAUAUGAAGAGAGAAUUCAAAGUGUUUUUGAUAAUAAUGAAAUAUUUAGAAAUGCUUUAAAUGGAGCUUUCGAAACCGUUUUGAAUUGGAAAAAUUCCACCGAUUCUAAGCAACUUAAAUCCAGCAAUAACAGGAGUGCCGAAUACUUAGCCAAAUAUUGCGAUGUUUUGUUAAAGAAGAGCACUUCAAAGAAAAUGAGCUUAAAUGAAAAUGAAAUUGAAGAAAAACUUAUGGACACUAUUAUACUUUUCCGUCAUAUUGAUGACAAAGAUAUUUUCCAACGUAUCUACGCCAAAAUGCUCUCCUGUAGACUUAUUUAUUCACUUAGCGUUUCUAAUGACCUAGAAGAAAGGAUGGUAUCUCUAUUAAAGGAAACCUGCGGAUACGAAUUUACGAGUAAAUUUUAUAAAAUGCUUCAAGAUCUUAAAGUUACAGAUCAAUUAAAGGACGAUUACAAUUCCUAUUUGGAAAGAGAACAAUGUAGUUCAAAAGUUGUUACUUUCUCUUUCAAUGUUCUUCAGGCAUGCGCCUGGCCCUUAAGCUUAUCAAAUUUACCAUCAUUCUCUUUACCAAGUUGUUUAGAGCACAGUAUACAAUCUUUUGAAAGUUUCUACAAGGUGAGGUUUAAUGGACGAAAAUUAACGUGGCUAUUUCCUUUCUGCACUGCUGAAGUUAAAUUAAAUUAUACCAUAAGACCAUAUCAAGUAACCAUGAGUGUGUUUCAAAUGGCAUCUUUACUUGCUUUUCAAGAAGUUAAUUGCGCAACCAUUAAAGAAAUACGCUCUCUAACCAAUCUACCUGAAUCGGAUACCGUUAAAAACCUACAAGCUCUCAUUCAGUCUGAAAUUCUCAUUAAAAUUGACGAAAAUUCAUACAAAUUGAACCUAGCAUUUACCAGUAAGAGAACCAAAUUUAAAGUCAUUUCAUCAGGAUUUUCAUCACUUAAAGAAGCUAAACAAGAAAUUGAAAAAAGCAAAAUUGCUGUUCAAGAAGAUAGAAAAAUGCUUAUUCAAGCUGCCAUUGUCAGAAUAAUGAAAAGUCGGCGAUUGUUGAAACAUACACUUCUCAUGGAUGAAGUAAUAGAUCAAUGCAAGGCAAGAUUUACACCACUAAUCUCUGUCAUAAAGAAAUGUAUAGAAACGUUAAUAGACAAGGGUUAUCUUAAGAGAGACGAAUUAUCUGUUGAUUCGUACACUUAUAUUGCUUAA